CUUGCCCACAGCCUUCCCCUUCUUCACUCGCUGUGCAGAAGGGUUUAUUCCCUAGCCGUUUUUCAACUAUUACUCUUUCAGCGACGCAGUCUCUGCCGGUGCCGGAGAUAUAGAGGAAUCAGCUUGAAUUCAUCGAUUCCGAUCGGGCAACGGAAAGGAAGGAAUAAAUGCUGGAGGUUUAUCGGAGUAGCUCCGUCGAAUGGAAGCCGUCGCCGGUAGUAGCCUUAGCGACAAGCGUGGACGACUCUCAAGUCGCUGCCGCUCGAGAUGACGGUUCCAUUGAGAUUUGGCUCGUCUCGCCCGGCUCCGUCGGCUGGCACUGCCAAUUGACAAUACAUGGAAGCAGCAACUCGAGAGUUUCGUCUCUUGUUUGGUGUCGUCCUCGCUCGACAGGCUUGCCGUGUGGCCGGUUGUUUUCUUCCAGCAUUGAUGGAUCGGUUUCAGAGUGGGAUCUUUUUGAUUUGCAACAAAAGAUUGUGCUAGAUUCAAUUGGUUUCUCAAUUUGGCAGAUGGCCAUGGCACCCAAUAUCAGUCUUCUGCCUAAUACAAAGAAUGAGACCAUUCAUAUCCAAAAUGAACAUCCUCAUGAUAAAUUUGAUGAUAAUGAUGCAUCCAGCAAUAGUGAAGAUGAUAAUGAUUUGAUUGAGCAUGAGCAACCAAUAAUUGAAAAUGCUAGAAUUGCACUUGCCUGCGAUGAUGGUUGUGUGAGAAUAUAUAAUAUCCCUGAUUCAGAUAUGUUGACUUAUAUGAAGUCGUUCGCAAGGGUCAGUGGGCGUGUUCUAAGCGUGACUUGGAGUCUUGAUGGAAAUAUGAUAUAUUCAGGGAGUAGUGACGGGUUUAUUAGAUGCUGGGAUUUUAGAUCAUGUCAUGAGAUCUAUAGAAUAACAGUUGGUCUUGGAGGUUUGGGGGGUGGACCUGAUCUUUGCACAUGGUCAUUACUUGCACUGAGGUGUGGUACCCUUGUUAGUGCUGAUAGUACUGGUAGCGUUCAGUUUUGGGACGGUCAACAUGGAACUCUUUUGCAGGCUCAUUCUUGUCACAAGGGUGAUGUCAAUGCUCUGGCAGCAGUUCCAAGCCACAACAUGGUAUUCUCUGCUGGUUCUGAUGGUCAGGUUAUACUUUAUAAGCUCUCUAAGGAUACAGUUGCUUAUAGUGGUGACAACUCCACAGCAGAAGUGAUGAGGAGAUGGAUCUAUGUUGGUUAUGCCAGAGCUCAUACGCAUGAUGUAAGGGCCUUGACAGUUGCAGUGCCAAUUAGCCAAGAAGAUCUUUGGCCAGAAGAAAAGGUAAAAAGAUUUCGUGGCAAGGAGAAGCCCAUUAAUUUCAGUUACCAUAAGUGGGCCCAACUGGGAGUUCCAAUGCUUAUCUCAGCUGGUGAUGAUACAAAGCUUUUUGCCUAUUCUGCGAAGGAGUUCACCAAAUUCUCUCCACAUGAUAUCUGCCCUGCACCUCAGAGGGUUCCAGUUCAACUGGCACUGAAUACUGUUUUUGAUCAGAUGCCUUUGCUCCUAGUACAGGCUUCCUAUUGGUUAAAUAUUUUCUGUGUUCAUGUGAAAAGCGAUACUCUUCCUGGUUGUCCUUUUGGGGGACUUGCAAGGAUGGAGUUGCUGGCCCAAGUUAGAAGUAAGGCAUCUCGAAAGAUCAUUUGCAGCACAAUUUCUACUUUGGGAUUUCUUUUUGCUUAUUCUGACCAUGAGAAACCCAGUCUGUUUGAGUUAAAGAGGUCUGGACCAUCUGGUCUUGGAAAAAGUGCAUGGAUUCUAAAUAAAAGGCUACUUCCUUCAAAUCUACCAUUUGCACAUUCUAUGGUUUUCAGUUCUGAUUCUUCUUGGUUGAUUAUAGCAGGGCAUGAUAAAAGAAUAUAUGUUGUGGAUGUGGAGAGCACUAAAGUAGUACAUGUCUUCACACCUCGUCGAAGGGAGCAUGGGGAAGAAUUGCCACCUUGUGAGCCGCCCAUAACAAAAAUGUUUACCAGUUCUGAUGGGCAGUGGCUAGCUGCUAUCAACUGCUUUGGAGAUAUUUAUGUAUUCAAUCUAGAGAUACAAAGGCAGCACUGGUUCAUAUCUAGACUGGAUGGUGCCUGUGUUGCAGCUGGAAGUUUUACUCCCUGGAACAGCAAUGUUCUUAUCGUUGCCACAUCUUCGAACCAAGUAUAUGCAUUUGAUGUGGAGGCCAAACAGUUGGGAGAAUGGUCAACGCAACACACAUUUGCUCUACCAAGGAGAUACCAAGAAUUUCCUGGGGAAGUUAUUGGGCUUUCAUUUCCGUCAUCCUUGAAGUCAUCAUCUGUUAUCAUCUAUAGUUCCAGGGCAAUGUGCUUGAUUGAUUUUGGGUUGCCAGUGGAUCGAGAUGAAAACACUGACUUGAGGAAUGGCCAUGAUCUAGCAUUGAAGAAGCUACCAAAUUCUUCCAUCAAUGAAAGACUGAAACGGAAACUAAAAGGUGAUGCUAAACAUGAUGGUAGAAAGAAUUUUGAAUUUUGUGCUUUCAGGGAUCCAGUUUUAUUUGUUGGACAUAUUUCAAGAAAUUCUGUAUUUAUUAUAGACAAACCAUGGAUGCAAGUUGUUAAAACUUUUGAUGCUCAACCUGUACACAGACAUAUUUAUGGGACAUAACUGCUUUUGACAGUUAGGUGGUUAUCUAACAGCUUAGGUGAGAGAGUUCAAAUGUAGCAGCAACCCAGAAAUGUCUUGAGUCGUGUCUCAAAAGCAUGUUGUGUAAUGUGUUCCUUGAUAAUCAAUUGUUACUUUGUGCA